GCCGAUGACCGGCUGUUCCUGGUUAAAGGUGGACUUUUCCUAGGUACUGUUGCUGCAGCGGGAAUGCUGGCUGGAUUUGUUACAACAUUAUCAUUGGCUAAAAAGAGAAGCCCUGAAUGGUUCAAUAAGGGAAGCAUGGCCACUGCUGCCCUUCCUGAGAGCGGGUCUUCCCUGGCCUUGCGAGCCCUGGGCUGGGGCUCACUGUAUGCGUGGUGCGGGGUUGGUGUGAUCAGCUUUGCAGUCUGGAAAGCUUUAGGAGUUCACAGUAUGAAAGACUUUCGAAGCAAAAUGCAAUCAAUAUUUCCAGCAAUUCCCAAGAACUCCGAACCUGCCGUGGAGUGGGAGGAAGCGCUGAAACCCAAAUGAGAUGCGCACGGCGGCUGAGUUCCAAAGCAACUGUCAUGGAGGGAGGCUCUGGGGACGCCGAACAGCAAAGGGACUCACUGGUUUCUCCUCAGGAAGAUGUACGGUUGUUGUCCAAACCCGCGGGACAGACGGUGUUGGGUGUGUUCACAGUCCUGCAAUUUAGUGUAAAACGCCCGUGCAUGUGCGUAUGUGAUGGGGGGGCGGGGCGGGGGUGGGGGAAUAAAGUUUUCCCAAAAUUAGGAAGACUGUUUUAAAAACAAUGAUAUGGAUACCUUCUCUAUGUGGAGGAGAUCCCCGGGGAAAUACUUGUGUGUGACUGAAGCAGUUGAAACCAAGUUCUGCACCUGAAAAAAAAAAGUGUAAGAGCCUGUGAUGGAAAAUCUUGAUAACAGACUCCUAACAGCAGCAGCACGUCAGUGUGUCUAAUUACGUGAGUUCAACAGUCUUCCGUCAGCCUGUGACUGUCAGGACUUGGGAGACUCGUGCCUGCCAGGCAGACUCGGGUGCCGCCUAGGGCAGUCCUGGCCUGGGCAGGGCUGGGCCCUGUCCCUCGCAGUGCUCCUGUUGGCACGUGCCCUUUACCUGAUAACCUCACCGACCGUCCUGUGAGUUCUCCCAGGGACAAGAAGCCAGUAAGGGGUUAUAACUUGAAAAGGUACAGCUGUGCUAAAAUAAGAAUGACAUCACAGGUGUAAAAUGUAGUCUUUUUAGAAAUUGGCUCGGAGUCCCGAAACGGUAACUGGCAGUUUGUAGUUUUGUCUCAGUUGUCAAUGGAAAAAUUGCCCAGUUAUCACCUGUCGUAUUUUUAACCAGAAAGUUACCUGAGUGUUACGUCUCAGUAUUAAGCAUUUAGUUCCACCUGGCUGAUGAAACGGGUAAAUUCUUAUGUACACACCCACCCCUUUUCUGUCCUCCAUGAGCUCUUACAGAAAACAGAAUAAUGGCUAGUUGCAAUUAUUCUUACUGGAGAUUUAAAAAAUUUAAAGAAAAAUAAUAUGUCAACAUGUCCAGAAAAAUAACCUCUGGUUGAAUAUAAUUUGUGCAAUCUCUUUCUUUGCUCAGGCUCUAAUUAGCAAUCAGGUUUAAUAAAGUACAUUUGAAAUUAACCUGUUAUAAUGGAACCUUUUAGUUCUAAGGAAAAGUUUUAAAUGAAAUGUCAAGUGUAUAACAUACAUUUUUCCCCUGGACCGCGUUACCCUGUUCAAACUGCUGCAUUAUUAAUUAAUUCUGGGAUCCAUAUGUAACCUGUCAAAAAUUCCCAGGCUAAACAGAAAGGGUUGUGGAGUAGCAAAGCUCCUCUUCACCCACCUUUCAUUUUUAACUAAAUCUCAGCUAAGGAAAGACUUCUAGUUGUUGCUUCACAACCUCCCUGGGAGCUUCUGAAACGGCCCUUACUCGGAGGGCAGGGCAAGACCGAAGGAAGGGGCAGGCCUCUUCGGAGGGGCAGGUGGCGGGUUUAAGGAAUGUCCUUACGAGCAUUGUCCUGGGCACCACAAGACUGAGUAGUUUUCCGCACCUGUCCAUUGACUCUUAAAAGUUAUGUAGAGGCCGUAACAGGUCAGUCAUGUACACCAUCCAGAGUCUCAAUGCCACAUUUCUGUCUCAAGGCUGCAUCCUCGCGGUAGCUUCUAGGAGCCGGGAGGGCAAGUGGAGCGCACGUUCCAGAGACAGGGGAGGUGGUGGGGAGCCUCCUAGUGCCCGGGGUCCAGCUCUCGGGUCAACUAGCAAUCACAUCUCCAUGACCUCCCUCAACAUUGGCCUUUGAAUGAAAUGAAGAAAGGCUGGAAUCCAAUUGAACAGGUUUUUGCCACAUGAUUAGUCUGAGUCCAGGUUCCCCUAAUAGAAUGGGAGCUACCUACAACUACUUACAGCUAAAAUCUAGAUUUUUAUUUUUCUUAGGUGGAGAAUAGCUAUUGAUUUUUUAAAAGCCCUCCACUGGGUAGGAGAAAAUGAGAAUUUCUAGCUUGUCUGGGAUAAUAAAAGGAAAAAUCAUUAUUAAUCUUGAUUCUAUUUAAUAGAUUCCUGCCUUGUAAGCUCCUUAAGGGUAGGGACUCCUCUCAGGGCCUUGUGACAGCACCUACUGCCCGGGCCAAUGGCAGCCAGACCCUGGGAGGGUGCCAGGGGCCAUGGUGGUGCGCUCUGCCCCCUUGGGGCCUGGCGGAACGACCAUCUGAAUACAUAGAGUGUGGCAUGCCUAGUGUUUACAAAACCUUUUCCGCAUACAUAUAUCUGUGCUCCCUGAGGGAUGGCAGGGAUCACAUAGGAAUGGUCGUGAGUCACCUGCUGAGGGAAGUUUGAGGGGACAGAGUCCCUAGAAUAGGCACUAAGCAUAGGCUCUGGUUGCAUUUAAAAGCCCAAAUGAAAUAACAAAGAUGAAACUUAAAAGGCAAACAAUCAGUGUGACUGAAGUGGUAUUUUUCUGCACUCAGAACUCAGAUAUCGGAAGAUGUAGUCAUUUGUCUGCUUUUCUACCAGAGGCACAUUGUUAAAUUGGUUAAUGGAAAAUAAAAAUGUUUAACAGAUAA